CUAGACGUUCGUUACCUGGCUCCUCUUCACUUAAAACACAGAAUGGAAACACAUCAAGGAGAGAAAAACACAAAGAAGCAAGAGAAAGGAAGGGGGGAGAAUGCGUAUAGGGGAAUUCGCAGGCGACCUUGGGGUAAGUUUGCUGCCGAGAUACGUGACCCGACAAAGAAUGGGGGACGUCGUUGGCUAGGAACAUAUGACACGGCGGAGGAGGCGGCUCGGGCGUAUGACCGAGCUGCUUUUGCCUUCCGGGGUCAUUUAGCCAUUCUCAAUUUCCCGAAUGAAUACCAACAUCAGGAUCCAAGCUCUGCCAUGUCAUUUGCUUCUUCAUCUUCUUUCUCCACUGCCAAUCCUGUGAACGAUGGCCAUGAAGUUUCCUCUACUGGCGGACAAGAAGUUAUAGAGUUCGAGUAUUUGGAUAACAAAUUGUUGGAGGAGCUGCUGGGAACGAAUGAUCCCAGCAGGCAGCAUUAGGCCAAUUGAUGAAUAUGGAUUGUCACUUUGUCAUGUCACCCUUCAAUGCAAUUCUUUUAUUUUGUCCA